CCCGUCUGAGCGGCGGCCCCGGUUCGAGUCCCCGCGUCGGCCGCCAUGGCGGGCUCCGAGCCGGGGCCCCCGGGCCGGAGCGGCGGCGCCUCGCGCCUGGCCCCGCUGGGCCCCGAUCAGCUGCGGCGGGUCCUGGAGCAGGUGGCCCAGGCGCAGCCGCCGCCCUCCGUCCCGCGGGCCGCCCCGCAGCCGGGUCCCCGCGCCCAGCUCGCGCGCCCGCCGCUCCCGCCGCCGCCCCAGCAACUGGAAACCAUCUGUGUCACGGUAACCUCUGGAGAAACGAAAGGUCAGGAAAGGCCGAAGCCCCAGCCGGCCACCGGCCAUCCCAGGACAGCCCGGCUGAGCCAGCCGCCCGGAAGGCACUGCCACGUGUUGGGGCUCAGCGUCGCCAGCCCUCGGCUGCUCAGGGCACAGCCCCUCCUGAGCGCCCGGCCGCAGCCUCCUGUCCAGGUGCUGCUGCAGAGGCCACUGCCCGCCCUCCAGCCCGUCCCUGUGGUGAGACUUGUGGCCCCCCAGGCGCCAGAUGGACCCGGCGCCCCGUCGGCCCCUCGGGCAGCCGCCGACCCGCCAGCAGUAACAUCUGUUUCAUCCAGUUCAGCAAAUUUAUUUAUUUCCAACUUGCAUACAAAACGCACUGAGAAACUAAAAAAGUCUUUAAAAGUGAAAACACGUUCUGGGCGGAUAUCUCGACCUCCCAAGUAUAAAGCCAAAGAUUAUAAAUUCAUAAGGAUGGAGGAUUUGGCCGACAGCCACCCAUCCGACUCGGACGAUUAUUCCGAACUGAGCGUGGAAGAGGAGGAGGAGCCGAGGGACAAGCAGGCGCUCUUUGACUUGCCGAGCGGCUCCCUGAGGCCCAGGGCCUUCAGGUGUCAGACGUGUGGAAAGUCAUACAUAGGGAAGGGGGGACUGGCCCGGCACUUUAAACUCCAGCCGGGCCACGGCCAGCCCCAGCCGGAGCCGUUGCUGUCUGAGAAAGCCAAGGGGAGCACGGCCCGGGGCUAUGUGGAGGGCAGGCCCCGAGGCUCCACGUCCCUGGGGCCGUCCACACCAGCUCCUCUGAGAGCCGAAGGGGCCCCGGCUCGGGGUGGCCUGCAGAACGGUCGGUCUAUAGAAGCGGAAGAGGCGUCGGUGUCGGAACCAGCAGAUGGACAGUACUCAGCCCUUUGGGAAUCAGACAGACCCCCAGGACCGGAAAGGGGCUACCCCCCGGCCCCCGCGGGCCAGAGCCGAGCUGCCAGGAGCAGAGCCGGGCUCCAGGAGGUUCUCCAGCAGUGUGCGCGCGAGGACCUCGUGGAGUUGGCGCUGCCCCGGCUGGCCCAGGCCGUGACCGUGUUUGAAUUCCUCCUGAAGAAGGUUGAGAAGGGCCACCCAGCACAGCCCUUGUUCCCAGCCGUGUACAAGGAGUUUGAAGAGCUGCAUCAGGUGGUUAAGCAAAUGUGUCAGGAUUACCUCCGGGACCCCAGCCCACGCUCUCAGGAGCCCCUGGAAAUAAAGGACCCCGAGGUGGCUGAGUCCCUGGGAAUCACGGAGGAAUUCCUGCGCAAGGAAGACACGCACACAGAUGGCAUCCGACACACGUGCAGCGGCCGAGAGACGGCCAGCCCGCCGAAGAGGGAGAACGCGACCGCAGAGGAGGCGCUGGCGUCAGCGAAAAGGACCAGAAGGGCAGCUCUGCCCCAGGAGCCCCCCGAGGCUUCGGAGUGUCCGGGCGGCCAGCAAGGGGUUCGUCCCUCGAGUAAAUGGACCGCCUGUCCCCGCCCUGAGGAAGGCCCCACCACACCGAGGUCUGUGGGCGACACCAGCACGGGCCGGGCCAGCUGCCGAAAGCACUUGCCGAGGUAGCAGCAGGAGCCGGUGUGCGAGCCCCCGUGCGUGGGGAUGUCGGUGGCCGGGCCUUCGCGCUCAGCCCGGCCAGCCGGGGCCGCUGACCAGGAGCCGCCGCAGCGAGCCCCACGGAGGGUGCGCAGGGACACUCCAGACCUGGACGCCGGGGACCCCGCCGCGGCUCCAUGUCCCCGGCAGGAGUCGCAUGGCUGCUGCCUGGAGGGGCUGGGCACUCAGAGGCAGGGACGCCCGCCAGGUGCCCGGCUCCCACGUGAGCAGCCGGCAGUCCAGUGCCGGUGAGGCCCUGCCCCCGGCGGCCGCGGUCCCUCCGCCGGAGGAAGUCGAGUCCCUGCAGGCCGUGCUUGCAGCCCCGUGUCCCAGCCGGGGCCUCCGCUGUCUGCUCGGGUGGGUCUCGGGGGCCACGCGUGGGGCUUGGACCAGUCGCCCUUCGGGACCCGGCCACACACUGACCAGAGGGCACUGGAGAGCGUGGCCGCGGCGGGUGAGGCCGUGGCUUGGAGAUCACCGGCGGGUGCAGGAGCUGUUGUCUCGGGCAGGAGCAGGAUUUCUCCCACUUCCCACGGGCUUGUCCUGUCCCCUCCGGGCGCCAUAGUGUCUGGGAGGCGGGCACUGUCCACCGGCCUGAGCGGAGCGGCCUGCCCUGCAGCCGGGCCCGCCGGGAGGGCAUCCUCCGGAGUCCGAGGCGCAGAGCCUCCCCGCGAGAGGGAGUCGGAACGCAGCCCGACUUCUUUUACGCAGAGGGUCUGUUUCCAGGCCUGUGUAUUUUUCUAAUGUGAAUGCCGACAGAGGAGCCUUCUAUUUAUAAAGAAUGUUGUC